GAUUUUGCAUCCCAAUAUUUUUGUCGGUUAAUCCAUUGAUUAAAUCAUUUUGAAAAAAUUCCGAUUCUUCAAUUCCAAUUCAUGUUCUCAUAUUCCAUUCCAUCCAAUUCCAAAGCAACUGGAGCCUUCACUUCGAUCACCACAAUGACUCUACGUUUAUUGUCAAGUGCGACACAUAUAUCUGUCUCUUUCACGCACUCUCCGGUUUCGGUUGUUUACUCAAGCAUUUUACAUGGCAGCGACACACAUCGCAACAUUGUUUGUCAUCAUCCAACGUCAACGUGCUACUUUCACCAGUCAAACAUCGACUGGCAAUGUCAGCAACUGUGAUCAAAACUCCGUCCUAAAUGUACAAAUCCAAUUAAAUUCGCCCAGUAGAUUGGACAUUUUAAUAAGUGCGUUGUAAAUCGCUCAGACGCAAUGAUUUCGUUUUUGGUGCAUUUUCUUCGUCAACAUUUCUUUAUAAUUCUAUGUUGUGUGGUAACGGCUUUCCUGUGGCCCGAACUGCGAAAACACUUUGUCAACGAGUAUGAACAGUAUCAAACACGUAGCGAAUCAGAUGUGCGAUUGUUUACCAGGGAAGAAUUGACACAGUUUGAUGGUAUACACAACAAAGAGUUGUAUUUGUCGAUACUGGGCAGUGUUUACGAUGUGUCAAAGGGUUUGAAACACUACGGACCAGGCGGAACGUAUAAUUAUUUUGUCGGCAAAGAUGCCUCAGUAGCAUUCAUAACUGGUGACUUUGAGAAAGAUCCAAAUAGUGAUUACGAAGAUGAUGACGUAUUAAAACACUUGAAAGCGCAAGAAAUCUACAGUAUUCAUCAGUGGAAACAAUUCUAUGAAAAGGAUUACAUAUUUCUUGGCCUCUUAACCGGACGAUUCUAUGGGUACGAUGGUGAGAAAACCGAUUACAUGAAAAAGGUCGACGAACAAAUCGAAAUUGCCAUCGCUGAAAAGGAGAAACAUGAGCGAUUACGCGUGAAGUAUCCACCAUGUAACAUUGAAUGGAAAGCAGAGACAGGAACUCGUGUUUGGUGUACAAGUCAAAGUGGUGGCAUUGAUCGUGAUUUUGUCGGCGUUCCACGACGAUUCUAUGAAGUUGGCAAGUCGGAAUUUCGAUGCGCUUGUGUGCCAGACGACCGAUUAGAAGAUCCUCUAUUGAAAGGUUAUGACGAUUGUGAUCCAAAAUCCGUCGAAUGCUUCUAUGUAGUAGAUUAAAGUAACAAAGUCCCUUAUCAAUGAGCUCAAAUUUUGAGAUUUAAGACAUUAGUUUGUAGUAGAAUAAAAUAUGGGUAAAAUGAUCAAACAAAUGCACCUAGAAAUUAGCUGUGUGUCAGUGUGCCUUAAAGCAACAUUUGUUAUGAAAUGACAAAAAAGCAAUAAAUCUACACUAUUUUACACUUUGAAA